CAGGUUGACGAAAUAUUCUCAGAGCUUCAACGAAUGACACUAUAAGGAGUUUUCGUCAAUUAACAUGUUUAACGCUCUUAAUCGGUUUAUUUCCCGAUUGGAUUCGGACUCUCCCGUCCACCAAAACCGGGACAAUCAUAGCGCAUUCGGAUUUCAAGUACUCAGAAACAAGACUCCAGAACUGGCUGUCGAACCUUGGUUUGAUUUUAUUGUAGGGAUCAAUGGACGAAUGAUUGUGAGUUACCUGUUUCAAUACUAUUGGCAUCGCUAACUCGUUUCAGGAUGAUUCUGAUGCAAAUCUCUUUGCACAAGAAGUACGGAAUUGUGCUGGAAGUACAGUAACUCUCGGUCUGUGGAGCGCAAAGGUAGUAUUCCCUUUCCUCUGGCCCGCUCGUUCGAGCAACUAACAUCUCCAGGGUCAACGUACACGAACUAUCCAUAUCCCAGUACCUUCCGAUACUCCAUCUCUAGGCCUGACCGUUCAAUGGACUUCCCUCUCUACCGUUUCGAACAUAUGGCAUAUUUUAGAUGUACCUGCCAACUCUCCAGCUGAUCUUGCGGGACUUCUUCCUUAUAGUGACUAUAUUCUCGGCACACCCGAAGGGGUUCUGCAUGGAGAGAGUGGCUUGGGUGAAUUGGUUGAGGAUCACAUUGGACGACCAUUACGACUUUACGUUUAUAAUAAUGAAUACAACGUUACAAGGGAAAUUACUAUACAUCCAAGCAGAGACUGGGGCGGGGAUGGGGCGCUUGGCUGUACUUUGGGGUAUGGAGCAUUACAUAGAUUGCCAGCCCCACUAAGUGAGCCCGUCGCUGGACCAGGAGAAACACUGUUUGAAGGAGAAAGCGCGAGGUUUUCAAAUGAGGAACAUAGGGAGAAAAUGGGAAGUGAAGGUGCUGAAAGUCAGCUCUUUGUGCCAGCUGCUGUGGCAGAAGAAUCAGGCGAAUUCUUGGUGCCAGCUCAACUUGCGGCCCCUGUAUCCGCGACACCAGCAAGGAAGAAAGAGAAGAAACAUGUGCACAAUCCGAAUAACUUCAUGGAUGACUAUUUUAUGGAAGGGGAGAAAAAGAGUAGAGAACUAGAUCAUGCGCCGAGCACGAAAACUGGUGGUGUGCCUCCACCACCUAAAGCAGGAGGACCCCCAAGGGCUGGAACGCCCAAAGUAGCAAGCCCUGAGCCCAGUCCAAUACCGGCAGAGACGAAAGAUCCGUAUGAUAGUGGUGUUGAUUAACUUUUCGAGACACUUCUAAAUUUAUAGCCAGUAAUUUCACGCUCAACAUGCAAAUGCCACUUGAAUAAAACCGUUUUAGCUCAUAAA